AUGCACGUCGCCUAUGUGUGGCGGCUCCCGCCCAAGUCAUCAGCCAUUACGAAUAUCAAACCCCCCCCCCCCCAUGGAGAUGAAGAACAAUGGCUGUGCGGACUUCGAAGCAGUCACGGCAGGCUAGUUUCGGGUCAGUCAGGAACAGCGGCAGGCGUCGUGGAGGACAAACUUCGGUCGUCAAUGCGACUAUUGAAGGCGAACCCUGUCGAUCCUCCAACUAGAUUUGUUCCCCGCAUCCCGCGUUCCAUGGAAGACAGCCACUUCCUUCGUGGACACGCCUUUGAGUUCCUUAACCCUCCAACGGCUGCCUCGCAUUUGGUCGAGCCGCUCUACACUACACUACGGGCAGUUUUGAGACGAGACGAACAGAAGUCUAGCUUCCGUCUUCCCCGGCGCAACUCGCCGACCUGCUAUCCCUACAAGGGCACCUUCGCGGAUAAGUCUGCCACAGACUUCUGGUGGUUGUGUGCGCCCGUCAUGCUGUCUCUGACGACACUGUAUCCUUUCUUGCACAAUAAUGGAUGGGAGACAUCGACUUCCUAUCUCGAAACCUCAUGGUGGGCUUGUGCUCGGACGCUUUGCCCAGGACCCUACCUGUCCGGCGUGCUUGAUACGCAGCUCAUAAUGCCGCCGCGCCGCCCUUCUGCACGGCUUCCUGCAACUAAGCCCACGGACGUUGAGAGCAAGUCGGCAGGCUUAUGCUACAGGGAACAGCCUAGCAAUGCAACCUUCGAGUCAAAGUCACCCCAUCCCCGAUACUGCCCUGUCCGCUACUUGGUGCAGAACGGAAUAGCUGCUUCGAUGGCUGUCAUUGUGCAGCGUCUGCCUAUAGCGGCUACUGGGUAG